CUACAGUGAUCACAUGACACCUACUUCCUGUUUCAAGAGUUGUCUUUCUCUUUUUAUCUUGGUCCCCUGAAAACAAGGCCAAGAUGGGUCGUCGACCAGCCCGUUGUUACAGAUACUGUAAAAACAAGCCCUAUCCAAAGUCACGCUUUUGCCGUGGUGUCCCAGAUCCUAAGAUCAGGAUUUUUGACUUGGGCAGAAAGAGGGCUCGUGUAGAUGAGUUUCCACUAUGCAUCCACAUGAUUUCUGAUGAGUAUGAACAGCUGUCAUCUGAAGCUCUUGAGGCAGGUCGUAUCUGUGCCAACAAGUACCUGGUGAAGAACUGUGGUAAAGAUGCCUUCCACCUACGGGUUCGGUUACACCCAUUCCACGUUAACCGAAUCAACAAGAUGUUGUCGUGUGCCGGUGCUGAUAGACUUCAGACCGGAAUGAGAGGUGCCUUUGGCAAACCCCAAGGUACCGUUGCACGUGUGCACAUCGGACAGCCAAUCAUGUCGGUGCGUGCUCGUGAACAACAUGAGCCGCAGGUUGUGGAGGCUCUGAGGCGUGCUAAGUUCAAGUACCCAGGACGUCAAAAGAUCGUCAUCUCCAAGAAGUGGGGCUUCACCAAGUGGCCACGGGAAGACUACGAAAAGAUGCGUGCUGACGGCAUCCUGGUGCCUGAUGGUGUCAACUGCCAGUACAAGCCCAACCACGGACCCUUGGAUGCCUGGAGGAGCAGACAGGUCGCCCGGUCAUAAGCUGAGAUCAGGAGUUUGGUCAAUGUGAAUAAACUGUUUGAGAACAGGCAAA